CGCCCCGGCCCCCUCUCCCGCCGGCCGGGCCCCGGAGCGCCGCCGCCGCCGGGGUGUGAGCGGGGCCCGGCGCCGUGCCGUGCCGUGCCGUGCGGUGCCCUCGCCGGCGGGGCCAUGGCCGCGAGCGCCAAGCGGAAGCAGGAGGAGAAGCACCUGAAGCUGCUGCGGGAGAUGAGCAGCCUCCCGCCCAACCGCAAGUGCUUCGACUGCGACCAGCGCGGCCCCACCUACACCGACAUGACGGUGGGCAGCUUCGUGUGCACCUCCUGCUCCGGCAUCCUACGGGGCUUGAAUCCACCCCACAGAGUGAAGUCAAUUUCAAUGACUACUUUCACACAACAGGAAAUAGAAUUUCUGCAGAAACAUGGAAAUGAAGUGUGCAAACAGAUUUGGCUAGGCCUAUUUGAUGAUAGAUCAUCAGCAAUUCCAGAUUUCAGGGAUCCACAGAAAGUAAAGGAAUUUCUACAGGAAAAAUACGAAAAGAAAAGAUGGUAUGUUCCUCCAGAGCAAGCAAAGGUGGUGGCAUCAGUCCAUGCAUCCAUAUCGGGGUCUUCUGCUAGUAGUACAAGCAGCACACCUGAGGUGAAGCCCCUCAAAUCUCUCUUGGGAGAAGCUGCACCCACACUGCACUUAAACAAGGGCACACCUAGCCAAUCUCCUGUUGUAGUUCGAUCUCAAGGACAGCAGCAACAAGAAAAGAAACAAUUUGACCUCCUCAGUGACCUUGGCUCAGAUAUCUUUGCUGCUGCUCCUCCUCAGUCAACUGCUACAGCAAAUUUUGCUAAUUUUGCACACUUCAACAGUCAUACAGCGCAGAACUCUGCAAAUGCAGGUUUUGCAAACUUUGAUGCAUUUGGACAGUCUAGUGGCUCGAGUAAUUUUGGAAGUUUCCCCACAGCAAGUCAGUCUUCUUUUCAGCCCCAAAAUACAGCGUUCAGAACGCUUUCAUCUAGCUGCAGUUUUGGUGAAUUUACUUCAGCUUUUCCUCUCCAGGCUGUACACAGUGGAAGUGCUGGAUCAGUGAAUGCUAACUUUGCUCACUUUGAUAACUUCCCCAAAUCCUCCAGUGCUGAUUUUGGAGCCUUCAAUGCUUCUCAGAGCAGCACAACAGCAACUGCAGCCAGUAAAGCUGCAGUGAAUAAACCGAAUCUCCAGUCAGCUGACAAAUACGCAGCUCUUGCUAAUUUAGAUAAUAUCUUCAGUGCAGGGCAAGGUGGCAGUGAGCAAGGAAGUGGCUUCAGUACAGUAGUGUCAGCAUCAGCAGGUCCUGCAUUGUCAACCCCAAAUCAGUCAAGUGUAUCUUCAGACAAGUAUGCGGCUCUAGCAGAAUUAGACAGCGUGUUCAGCUCCACAGCAACCUCUAGUAAUGCAUAUACUUCAACCAGUAACGUUAGCAGCAAUGCUUUUGGAACAGUACCUGUGGCUGCUACUGCACAGACACAGCCUGCAUCUUCGAGUGUGCCUGCUCCAUUUGGAGCAACACCUUCCACAAAUCCAUUUGUAGCUGCCCCUGUUGCCCCAGUGGCACCUUCAACAAAUCCAUUCCAGACCAAUAGCCGAGGAGCAACAGGCCUCUCGGGAGCAAUGCACUCUCACAUAUUUCCUCAGGCUCAUUUUGCAGCAACAUUUGGUACUGCAUCUAUGAGCAUGCCUGCAGGAUUUGGAACUCCUGCUUCCUACAGUCUUCCUACUAGUUUUAGUGGCAACUUCCAGCAGCCCACGUUCCCAACCCAGGCAGCUUUCCCUCAACAGACUGCUUUUGCUCAGCAGCCAAAUGGAGCAGGUUUUGCUGCAUUUGGACAGGCAAAGCCUGUAGUAACUCCUUUUGGACAAGUUGCAGCUGUUGGAGUAUCUAGUAACCCUUUUAUGGCUGGUGCACCAACGGGACAAUUUCCAACAGGAAGCUCAUCAACCAAUCCUUUCUUAUAGCCUUAUAGACACUUUACCCAAAAGAACUCUUAUGUGGUCACAUAACAUCUCUGCGCCUCUUGCACUGUUGUCUUGUUUCACUGAUAUUAGCUUUAAACACAAAAGAAGUAAAAAUAAAAGCCUGCAUUGUGUACCUUUUAAAAAAUUAAAAAAAAAAAAUUAAUACACAAAACCCAAGAAAAUCAACCCCCCACCAGAUAAUAACGUGCAAAACAGAGGGCUGUGGUAACAUCCUUGAACCUGUGAACUGGCAGGUAAAAAGUAGCGGUAUCAUGUAUAUUAAAAUUGGCUAAUAAGUUAUUGCAGAUACCACAUUCAUUAUGCUGCAGUACUGUACAUAUUUUUCUUAGAAAAUAGCUAUUUGUGCAUAUCAGUAUUUGUAACUUUAACACAUUGUUAUGUGAAAAAUGUUACUGGGAAAUAGAUCAGCCACUUUAAGGUGCUGUUGUAUCUCUUGGAAUGAAUGAGCUACAUCAUUUUAACCAUUGGUAUUGGAAGUCAUGAAGUUAAAUUGAAGGUUUGUUCAUUUCUCAAAAUGUUUUCCUUUCCUAAGAGCUCUUCUAUUUAUACAUGCCUAAAUCUCUAAUGGUAGAGGGAUACCUGUCUGCAUAAUAAAGCUGAUCAUGUUUUGCUACAGUUUGCAGGUGAAAAAAAUAAAUAUUAGAAAAAAAAACAA